AAAUUAAAAUUAUACCCGCACGGGUGUGCCGGUCAAAAGUCUAGUCAUAGUAUUAAUUCUGAGGUCACGUCAAUGGCCUAGUAGGCAAGCUAGUACUAUUUGCCUAAUAGUAACAACUAAUUAGAAAAAAAAAGGAACGGUGCGUUUUGUUGGAGAUGAGCCAAAAGUAAAUAGAGAGGAAAUAAAAAUGGAAACUGAGCUCUCCAACUGUCAGUUUGCAGGAAAAGGCAAAGACUUUAACUUGACCGCUAAGAAAAGACACGUGACAAACACUGCACAGUCUCUGAGGUUCACCAGUAAGAGCGUGUAUUUCACGCAACAUCAGAUUCGAACGGGCCUCAAGUAGAAACUAAAGAAAGAACGUACGGCCACUUUCCUUUUCUCACAAUUCUUCACCGCAAACACCUACCCCCAAAAAAGGAAUCAGAAGAAGAAAGAACAGUAGAAAUAGAAAGCAUAUAUACUACCACAAGCUGUUACCAGCAGGCAGAACAGAAUCACCAGAUCUGGUGUUUUUAAUGGCGGACAAUGAAGAACAGGAGACAACGACCUCGUACAAGCUGUUUCUGAAAGCAAUAAGUAAGAGAAGGACAUGGGUCUGUCUCUUUCUUGUUGUCUACGCGAUCCUCUUGUCUUCUUCUUGGAACUCGCUCAACUCGAUUGUAGAUUGGUACGGAGAGAACCAUCGCACGUCUUCUGGAUGGCCGGCGGUUUACGCUUCGGUGCUUCUUGGGGUUGUGUUCGGAGUUCUGUCGAUGGCGGCGGCGCUGUUCAUCGCCGUGCCGGCGAUCGUGGUGAUAUGGAUAUCGGUGGUGGUGUCGAUGGCGUUCGCUGGAAAAUCGAGGAGGAGAGUUGUGGUUGAAGGGAGGAAAGUGACGAAAGAGAUCGCUGGGUUUGUGUUUAGGGUACUGCUUAAAGAAGGAAACGUUGUGGCUCUUCUCUGUGCUCUACUUGCUUACUUCGUCUUCUUUAAUUCUUACUCCAUCUCUUCUUGAUUCAGUUUAGCCACUUUUGUCAUUAAAUAACAGCUAAUUAUCAAAUUUCUUCUCAUUAGUUGUCCUUGAUUUAACAAGAUUUUGGUGUUAUUGACAAUAUCGAUAUGGAAUGCUUCCACAAUC